GACGUCGUUUCGAGGAUUUCCCCCCUCGCAUCAGAAAAUGGAUGGACACGAGCGCACCACCACCAACAACAACAUCGGAGACAGAAUGUACCAAAGCAGCUCUCUCCACCAAAGCUAAAACCAUGGAGGUACGCGGGGAGGCAUCUCUGUUCUGUUUCAGACAGACUCCUGAAAAAUAUUUACUUUGAGCUCCAAUUGCGAUUCAAACUCGAAUUCUCUUCACUGUCGCUUCCUUCGAGUAUCAUGAUAGGUCGUGUUUGAUCUUUACCUCGGAUUUUUGUUUCUGGGUUGUUGCGUUUACCCCUCAAACGUGCUAGCUUUUAGCAUUUGGCUUUCGGGUUAUCGUGUUUAGUUACGUUACUUGUCAAAACGGAUCCAAGCCUUUAGCAUUUGGCUUCUGGUUUGUCGUGUUUACUGAUGUACCUUGUCGAAAAAGACGAGACCUCAAAGAAUUCGGUUCCUGAGUUGCUGUUUUGUUCGGUGAAUUGUGUGGGAAUAUGCAAGCUUUCGCCAAUUGGCAUCUGGUUUUUUGUGCUUUCCGGUGAACUGUGUCUGAAAAGAUGCAAACUUUAAGCAUUUGGCCAUCAAAUUUUGGUCUGCCGGUCGGCCGGAGAUUGGAUUGUUGUUGUUGUGUUAGGUUUAAGACGAAGAGUAGGAGGAGAACUUGUUGUGUUCAACAGGCUUACUUUGGCAAGAACUCUGCGCUGCUCCUCGUUUCAGGUAACUGUAAAUGUGAACCCUUGAGAAUAAAAUCUUGGUCGAAGUUUUUGUUUGUCUGUGAGCCAAGGAGACGUUCGUUAGGUUCUUCGGUUGAGGUUGGAUGGGCCACAGAGCAGCGAGAAGGUUCUAGAGGGGAAUUAAGUUCUGUUAAUGUAUUAGACUAUGAUCAACAACAUGCUGUACUAAGUGGAGGAGAAGAUAGCGAUGAGGUGGGUGGGGAAAAUUCGAGAGUUGAUGUUAGAGAAUUGGCAUAUAGUUUACGAUCUGCUAAGACAGCGGAUGAUGUGGAAGUUGUCCUGAAGGAGAAGGGCGAGUUGCCUCUACAAGUUUAUUGUGCUAUGAUAAGAGGUUUUGGCAAGGACAAGAAUCUCCAUUCUGCUAUGGCGCUUGUAGUUUGGCUUAAGAGAAAGAAGACUGAAUCAUGUGGCGCCUUUGGUCCAAACCUUUUCAUAUACAAUAGUCUUCUGGGUGCAGUGAAACAGUCCGAGCAGUUUGGUAAAACAGAGAAGAUAUUGAGAGAUAUGGAGCAAGAAGGGAUUUUUCCAAACGUUGUCACCUACAACACUUUGAUGCUCAUCUACACGGAGGAAGAGAAAUUUGAAAAGGCUCUUGGCAUUCUGGAUUUAGUACUGGAAAAGGGUUUUGAGCCUACCCCGGUAACGUAUUCCACAGCUUUAUUGGUUUACAGAAGAAUGGAAGAUGGUAUGGGAGCUCUCAAGUUCUUCACUGAACUGAGAGAAAAGUACUUGAAGGGUGAAGUGGGAAAAGGCACUGAUGAUGAUUGGGAAUAUGAGUUUGUGAAGCUCGAAAACUUCAUCGGUAGAAUCUGCUACCAAGUGAUGAGGCGUUGGUUGGUGAAAAAUGAAAACUUGAUAACCAAAGUGUUGAAGCUUAUGACAGAGAUGGACAAUGCGGGGCUUAAACCAAGCAGGGAAGAGCACGAGCGGCUUAUCUGGGCAUGCACACGUGAAGAGCACUACAUUGUUGGUAAAGAAUUGUAUAAACGAAUCAGAGAAAGGUUUCCAGAGAUAAGCUUAUCGGUCUGUAACCACUUGAUUUGGCUGAUGGGUAAGGCCAAGAAAUGGUGGGCGGCUUUGGAGAUCUACGAGGAACUUCUUGACAGAGGCCCUGAACCUAACAACAUGUCGUAUGAGUUAAUCGUAUCACAUUUCAAUGUUUUACUGACAGCGGCUAGCCGGAGAGGAAUCUGGAGAUGGGGAGUAAGGCUACUCAACAAAAUGGAAGACAAGGGGCUGAAACCAGGGAGCAGACACUGGAACGCAGUGCUUGUGGCAUGUUCAAAGGCCUCUGAGACUGCUGCUGCUAUUCAGAUCUUCAGAAGAAUGGUUGAAAAUGGUGAAAAGCCCACAAUUAUAUCAUACGGUGCUCUCCUCAGUGCCCUUGAGAAAGGGAAGUUAUACGAUGAGGCCUUUCGGGUUUGGAACCAUAUGCUUAGGGUAGGCGUCGAGCCAAACCUAUACGCUUACACAACAAUGGCUUCGAUUCUGACAGGACAGAAGAAGUUCAACCUUGUGGAUGCACUUCUGAAGGAAAUGGAUUCAAAGGGGAUAGAGCCGACUGUGGUGACAUAUAAUGCCAUCAUAAGCGCUUGUGCAAGGAACGGAUCGAGCAGCAUAGGGUACGAGUGGUUUCACCGUAUGAAACUUCAGAAUGUAUCACCGAAUGAAAUAACAUACGAAAUGCUUAUAGAGGCUCUGGCAAAUGAUGGGAAACCGAGGUUGGCUUACGAAUUACACAUGAGGGCUCAAAAGGAGGGACUUGUCCUCUCUGCCAAGGCCUAUGAUGUGGUUGUCACAUCUGCUCAACGUUACGGAGCCUCCAUUGACGUGAAUCUGUUGGGACCCCGUCCUCUUCCCAUCAAAAGAGUAUAGAACUGAGUGAUACACACUCUCUUCUCUCUGUACAUUCUGCAUUACUGCUUAAUGAAUAGAAAGCCACAGUCUUUUUCACAUAACAUUUAGAUUGGCAUCCAAGUGUUUUAUAUUA